GGGCGGGGCUUCCCGCCGGGGGUGGCAUCAUCCCGCCCCUCCCCUUGUCGUCGGGGCCGCGCGGCGGCGGCGGGAGACGGCGGCGGCGACGGCGACGGGCAUGGCGGUGCUGCAUUUCUACGUGCGGCCGGGCCCCCCCGCGGGGACGGUGACGAUGACGGAGCCGGGGACGGAGCCGGAGCCGGGGGGGGCCCCGGCCGGGGGGGGCCCCGGGGGGCCAGAGGCGGCGGUGGCCCUGAGAGCGGCCCAGGCCACCGUCACCGGUGUCACCGGUGUCACCUGCGAGCUCUGCUACAACGUCGGCUGGGAGGCCGCGGCCCCCCCGGACGCGGAGCAGAGCCACCUGCUGCGGUGGCUUUUUGGGGACCCCUUCGAGGUGGCGGCCGUGGCCCCCCACAGCUUCCUGCGCCCCCGCCCCCACCAGCUGCUCCUGGAGAUCGGCCCCCGGCUGAACUUCUCCACGGCGGCGUCGACCAACGCGGUGGCCGUGUGCCAGGCGGCCGGGCUGGCGGCGGUGGCCCGCGUGGAGCGAUCCCGCCGCUACCUGCUGCAGUUCGAGGGGCCACCGCCGGCCGAGGCCACCGAGCGCCUGGUGACGGCGCUGGGCGACCGCAUGACGGAGCAGCUCUACCCGCGGCCCAUCACCUCCUUCGCCGUCCCCACCCGCCCCGUCCCCGUCACCACCAUCGACGUCCUGGGCGGUGGCCGCCAGGCCCUGGAGCGCGCCGACCGCGAGCUGGGCCUGGCCUUCGACGCCUGGGACCUCGACUACUACACGCGGCUCUUCCAGCGCGUGGGCCGCAACCCCACCUCCGUCGAGUGCUUCGACCUGGCCCAGUCCAACAGCGAGCACAGCCGCCACUGGUUCUUCAAGGGGCGCCUGGUGCUGGACGGGCAGGAGCUGCCCCAGUCGCUCUUCGAGAGCAUCAUGGCCACCCAGAAGAGCAGCAACCCCAACAACGUCAUCAAGUUCUCCGACAACAGCAGCGCCAUCCGGGGGGUGGCGGUGGCCACGCUGUGGCCCCAGGACCCGGCGCGGCCCAGCCCCUUCGAGAAGCGCACCAGCACCCGCCACGUCCUCUUCACCGCCGAGACCCACAACUUCCCCACCGCCGUGGCCCCCUUCAGCGGCGCCGCCACGGGGGCGGGGGGCCCAUCCGGGACGUGCAGUGCACCGGGCGGGGCCCACGUCAUCGCCGGCACCGCCGGCUACAGCUUCGGCAACCUGCUGCUCCCCGGCUACGAGCUGCCGUGGGAGGACGGGGGGCAGCCGUACCCCGAGACCUUCGCCCGCCCCCUCGACGUCGCCCUCGGGGCCAGCGACGGCGCCAGCGACUACGGCAACAAGUUCGGGGAGCCCCUGGUGGCCGGCUUCGCCCGCUCCUUCGGGCAGCUGCUGCCGGGGGCCGAGCGCCGCGAGUGGAUCAAGCCCAUCAUGUUCAGCGGGGGCCUCGGCGCCAUCGAGGACGCCCACGUGCGCAAGGAGCCCCCCCAGCCCGGGAUGCUGGUGGUGAAGGUGGGGGGUCCCGUGUACCGCAUCGGCGUCGGGGGGGGCGCCGCCUCCUCCGUGCAGGUGCAGGGUGACAACGCGGCGGAGCGGGACGCGGGGGCGGUGCAGCGGGGGGACCCCGAGAUGGAGCAGAAGAUGAACCGGGUGCUGCGGGGCUGCGUGGAGAGCGAGGACAACCCCGUGUGCAGCAUCCACGACCAGGGCGCCGGCGGCAACGGCAACGUCCUGAAGGAGCUCAGCGACCCGGCCGGGGCCGUCAUCUACGCCAGCCGCUUCCAGCUGGGCGACCCCACCCUGAGCCUGCUGGAGAUCUGGGGGGCCGAGUACCAGGAGUCCAACGCGCUGCUGGUGCGGCCCCCCCGGGUGCCCUGGCUGCGGCGCCUGGCGCGGCGCGAGCGCUGUCCCCUGCACGUCGUGGGCACCGUCACCGGCGACGGGCGGAUCGUGCUGGUGGACGACCUGGCGUCCCCCGUGCCCGAGGGGGGGUCCCACGAGGGGCUCCCCACCCCCGUCAACCUGGAGCUCGAGUGGGUGCUGGGCAAGAUGCCCCGCAAGGUGUUCACCCUUCACCGGGAGCCCCCCGCGCUGCGCCCGCUGAGCCUGCCGCCGGGGCUGACGGUGCGCGGGGCGCUGGAGCGGGUGCUGCGGCUGCCGGCCGUGGCCAGCAAGCGCUACCUCACCAACAAGGUGGACCGCUCGGUGACGGGGCUGGUGGCCCAGCAGCAGUGCGUGGGCCCCCUGCACACGCCGCUGGCCGACGUGGCCGUGGUGGCCCUGUCCCACUUCGACACGGUGGGGGCGGCCACCGCGCUGGGCGAGCAGCCCAUCAAGGGCCUCCUGGACCCGGCCGCCGGCGCCCGCCUCGCCCUCACCGAGGCCCUCACCAACCUGGUCUUCGCCCGCGUCACCGACCUCCGCGACGUCAAGUGCUCGGGCAACUGGAUGUGGGGGGGGAAGGGGGGGGCGGCGGGGGGGGCGCUGGCGGGGGCCUGCGGGGGCCUCUGCCACCUCCUGAGCCGCCUCGGUGUCGCCCUGGACGGCGGCAAGGACUCGCUGAGCAUGGCCGCCCGCGUGGGUGACAGCACCGUCAUGGCGCCCGGCGCCCUGGUGGUCUCCGCCUACGCCGUCUGCCCCGACAUCACGGCCACCGUCACCCCCGACCUCAAGUGUCCUGAUGGCCAAGGGGCGGUGCUGUGGGUGCCCCUGAACCCCGGGCGGCACCGCUUGGGGGGCAGCGCCCUGGCCCAGGUCUUCUCCCAGCUGGGCGACGCCUGCCCCGACCUGGAGGACCCCGAGGUGCUGGCGGCCGCCUUCCGCGUCACCCAGGAGCUGCUGGGCGAGCGGGUGCUGCGGGCGGGCCAUGACGUCAGCGACGGGGGGCUGCUGGGCUGCGCCCUGGAAAUGGCCUUCGCCGGCAACUGCGGGCUGCGCCUCGACGUCCCCCCCGGGCCACCCGGCGUCACCCCGCUGGCCGUGCUCUUCGCCGAGGAGCCGGGGCUGCUGCUGGAGGUGGCCGCGGGGGACGCGGUGGCCGUGAGCCGGCGCUACCAGGCCAGCGGCGUCCAGUGCCUGUCCCUGGGCCACAGCGGUCCCCAAGGUCCCCAGGCCAUGGUCCGGGUGGCCGUGGGGGGCUCGGAGGUGCUGGCGGAGGCCGUGGCCGGGCUGCGGGCGCUGUGGGAGGCCACGAGCUUCGCGCUGGAGCGGCGGCAGGCGGCACCGGGCUGCGUGGCCCAGGAGGAGGCGGGGCUGGGCCGGCGCCGGGGACCCACCUACCGCCUGGCCUUCGACCCCCCCCACACCCCCCCGCUGCUGCGUGGCGUUGAGCUGCCGGGGCCCCGCGUGGCCGUGGUGCGGGAGGAGGGCAGCAACGGCGACCGGGAGAUGGCGGCUGCCUUCGUCAUGGCCGGCUUCCAGGUGUGGGACGUCACCACGGAGGACCUGUGCUCGGGCACCGCCACCCUCGACGCCUUCCGCGGCCUCGUCUUCGUCGGCGGCUUCAGCUACGGCGACGUCCUCGGCUCCGCCAAGGGUUGGGCGGCCGCUGUCACCUUCCACGCGGGGGCCCGGGGGGCCCUGGAGACCUUCCGGCGUCGCCCCGACACCUUCAGCCUCGGCGUCUGCAACGGCUGCCAGCUGCUGGCCCUGCUGGGCUGGGUGGGCACUGGCGCCCCCCCCCACCCCGGGGUGCUGCUGGCCCCCAACACCUCGGGGCGCUUCGAGUCCCGCUUCGCCACCGUCCGCGUGGAGCCGGGGCCGGCGCGGCUGCUGCGCGGGAUGGCGGGGUCCGUCCUGGGCAUCUGGGUGGCCCACGCCGAAGGCCGUUUCCAGUUCCGGGAGGAGGCGGCGCUGGAGGCGGCGCUGGCCGGGGGGCUGGUGGCCCUGCGCUACGUGGACGACGUGGGGCGCCCCACGGCCGAGUACCCGCUGAACCCCAGCGGGGCGGCGGGGGCGGUGGCGGGGCUCUGCUCGCCCUGCGGCCGUCACCUGGGCCUCAUGCCCCACCCCGAGCGCGCCGUGCGGCCCUGGCAGUGGCCCUGGUGGCCCCCCGAGUGGCCCCGGCGCCCCACGGCGCCCUGGCUGCGCCUCUUCCAGAACGCCCGCGAGUGGUGCCUGCGCUUCCCCCACGGCGAGCCGUGACCCACGGACGGACCCACGGAUGGACCUGACCCACGGAUGGACCCACGGAUGGACCUACGGAGAGCCUUGACCCACGGAUGGACCUCAACCAUGGAGAGAUCCAUGGAGAGACCCACGGACUGACCCACGGAUGGACCUACGGAGAGCCUUGACCCACGGAUGGACCUACGGAGAGCCUUGACCCACGGAUUGACCUCAAUCAUGGAGAGAUCCAUGGAGAGACCCACGGACUGACCCACGGAUGGACCUACGGAUGGACCUACGGAGAGCCUUGACCCACGGAUGGACCCACGGAUGGACCUGACCCACGGAUGGACCUACGGAUGGACCUGACCCACGGAUGGACCUCAACCAUGGAGAGAUCCAUGGAGAGACCCACGGACUGACCCACGGAUGGACCUACGGAGAGCCUUGACCGACGGAUGGACCCACGGAUGGACCUGACCCAUGGAUGGACCCACGGAGAGCCUUGACCCACGGAUGGACCUCAAUCAUGGAGAGAUCCAUGGAGAGACCCACGGACUGACCCACGGAUGGACCCACGGAUGGACCUGACCCACGGAUGGACCUCAACCAUGGAGAGAUCCAUGCAGAGCCUUGACCCACGGACCGACUGGAACCAUGGAGGGACCCAUAGACAGACCCACGGAGUGCCUUGACCCACAGACGGACCUCAACCAUGGAGAGAUCCAUGGAGAGACCCAUGGACAGACCUGAACCUUGGACAGACCCAUAGACAGACCCAUGGAGAGCCUUGAACCACGGAUGGACCCACGGACAGACCCACGGAUGGACCUACGGAGAGCCUUGACCCAUGGAUGGACCCACGGAUGGACCCACGGAUGGACCUACGGAGAGCCUUGACCCAUGGAUGGACCCACGGAUGGACCCACGGAGAGCCUUGACCCACGAAUGGACCUCAACCAUGGAGAGACGCAUGGACGGACCAAAAGACAGACUCACGGAGUGCCUUGACCCACAGCCUGGAGAGACCCAUGGACAAACCCACAGACAGACCCACGGAGAGCCCUGACCCACAGACAGACGUGAACCAUGGAGAGACCCAUGGAGAGACCCACGGACAGGACAACGGACUGCCCCAGGGACAGACCCACGGAGUGCCUUGACCCACGGACAGACCUGAACCACGGAGAGACCCAUGGAGAGACCCACAGAUGGACCCAUGGACUGACCCACGGAGAGCCCUGACCCACGGAUGGACCUGAACCAUGGAGAGACCCAUGGACUGACCCACAGACAGCUUUGACCCAUGGACACACCUGAACAAUGGAGAGAUCCAUGGAGAGACCCAUGGAUGGACCCACGGACGGCCCUGACCCACAGACAGACCUGAACCAUGGAGAGAUUCAUGGAGAGACCCAUGGACGGACCAACGGACAGACCCACAGAGAGACCAAUGGACAGUCUUGACCCACAGACAGAGGUGAACCAUGGACAGACCCAUGGACGGACCCACGGACUGACCCACGGAGAGCCCUGACCCACGGAUGGACCUGACCCAUGAAGAGAUCCAUGGACAGACCAACGGACAGACCCAUAGACAGACCCACGGAGUGCCUUGACCCAUGGACGGACCUCAACCAUGGAGAGACCCAUGGAGAGACCCACGGACGGACCCAUGGAGAGCCUUGACCCACGGAUGGACCUGAACCAUGGAGAGACCCGUGGAGAGACCCAUGGAUGGACCCACAGAGUGCCUUGACCCACGGACAGCCCUGACCCACAGCCAGACCCACGGACAGCCCUGACCCACAGCCAGCCCUGACCCAUAGACAGACCCAGGGACAGACCCACGGCCAGCCCCGACCCACAGCCACCUGCCCCCUCCCCUGUCCCCCAUCCCCCCCCAGCACCCCACAGAGGCUCCACCCCCCCAGACACCCCCUGACCAAUGAGAGCUGAGCCAUGCCUCCCCCCCAGCCAAUGAGGAACCAGGACAUGGCGGGGGGGCGGGGCCUUUAAUAAACAGCUAUAAAGUGCCA